AUGAGAGCACCGAGUGUAGAAUCGCUCUUAGCCUCAGAUGAGUCCGAAAGGGAAGGGUCCGAAAGAGAGGAAAUGCAACCAAUGCAACCCCUAGAGUUCUACUUCAAAAGCAAUGAGUUCCCCAAGACUUCCAAGAUACAAACUAAGUGCUUUGUGACCAAGACAGUAAAGCUCAUCAAGGAAGAUGAUGUUGCAUGGUUUGCGGUUAAUGGUGUACCCAUCCGCUAUUCUAUGAGGGAGCAUGCCCUCAUCUCUGGCUUAGACUGCGGUGAUUAUCUACCAAACUACGAUAAUUUGGGGGGUUAUAAGUUUGUGGAUUAUUACUUCCAUGACAGAAAGAAGAUCACCAUCAGUGAUGUGAAGCAGAAGAUGUUUUCUAUGCCGCCGUGUCCAGAUAGAUUGAAGAUGACUGGUCGUCUAACAUUUGAGGAUGCAAUAAAGGAGAUUAAGCACGUGAUGAACCAUCUAAAGGGUGAAGUGAAAGAAGCAUGCACCUUUCCUGGUUUCAUAAUCCCUUUAGAGGUUCUGACUUUUUAUUGUAUUUCGGAUCUGGGGAAAACGUUUAGAAUCUAUUCAGACGACGCUAGUGAAGACUGUCCAAGGAUGUGCAAGAGCUGGUUUACAAAGUCCAGUCUUAAGGGUUAUCCUUUAGAAGACAUAUAUGCUGCGGUUGGAGAAACAAAGGUUAUCAACAGUGUGUUAGUUCCAACUAUUGGUGAGCAAAUUAUGCUGGCUCGUAUCAUUGAUGAGGAGCGAGUGUAUGACCGUCAGGCCAGCCCAAGCUGCACGAGGAGUGUUGCCAAAAAAGAAAGACAAAGAAAAGGUGACGUUUGCAGAAGGAUCAUCCUCUAA